AUGCAGUUGUUGACGUUGGAAACAUUUUUACCAUUAUUAGAGCCAUUUGCAAAUCGGGAGCUUUUGACUCCUGCAGAGUCUUUGCAAGUGACACUUUUGGUGACCGAGUUGCUCGUUGACGAUUAUGUGGACUUUAGGUUGUUGAAAUUUCUUUCGAGAUUUUUUACACAACAAUCUUAUGAUGAUGUUAUUGAAGAGAGAAAUAUUGAACAUGAGUGCGGAUAUGUCAUGUGUAACAAUCAGCCGAAACUGCUAGUGCGAAGAUUGAGUUUGAAUAGCAACGGUACGACAAUUGCUCACAUUUCGGAUUCUGGAGCCUCAACAAAGUAUCAAAUAUACAAUAGAAAACCAUCGAUAAUAUUGCCCAAUACCUAUUUGAGCCAGUAUUGUUGUAAGGAGCAUUAUCAAGCCAGCGUUUUCUACAGAAACCAACUCUCAAAGGAAGCAUUAUUUGCCAGGAAAGAUAUCACAGUAGUACCGCCAUAUGCAGGAGAUCAAAACUUUUACGAGAAUUCAAUAACCUUGUUGGAAGAAGUUAUUGCAAAGCACAAGGAAUUGAAACAGGAAGGCAAGUCAAUGGCAGAAGUGAUUGCGAUGAUGAAUGGCUUGAGUGUAUGUGAACAUGAAAUGAAUGAAGAUACUAUAAAGUUGAUCAAAAUGAUUGAAGAUUUUGAUAUUGUGGAAAGAGAAGCGGUUCUGGAACAUGGUGUCAAAGACAAAUUGUUUGAAGCCGACAACGACAACGAUGAUGAUGAUGGUGAUGAUGAGAAAGAGGAUAGCAAACGUCUAUCGCAUAGUAGAAAUAUUGAGGGGUACGUCACUACCAAUAAAAGCUUUGGUGGUUACGUUGUAUAG